GAUCCGGUACUACCUGAUCCGGUGCCCGCUGUCCGUGCCAAUUGGACCCCUCAGAGCCGCUGUCGUACCAAUGAUGACGCGGUGCCCGCCUGUUGCCUGAGCCAAAUGACCUUAUGUCCUGGUGACCCAGUGCCCGCUGUCAUACCUGGUGACGCCGAUGCCCGCUGUCGAGCCAGACGAUCCAAUGCCUGGUGACCCUGGGUGCCCACUUGCCGAUUGCCAGAUGACGCGGUGCCCGCUUGGCAAGCCAAAUGACCUAGAUGCCUGGUGACACCCCAGUGCCCGCUGUCAUACCUCGGCUGACCCGAUGCCCUGCUGUCGAGCCAGGACAAUCCGGUACCUGAUUGACUCGG